AUGGAGGUAAACAGGGACGAGGCGGAGCGCUGCAUUGACAUUGCAACCGCGGCGUUAACCAACGAGCAGCUGGAGAAAGCGCAGAGGUUCCUGGAGAAAGCCCAGAGACUGUUCCCGACAGAGAAGGCGAAGGUACUGUUGGACCUAAUAGCAAAGAAUGGAUUUACAUCCAGACAAGGUGGUCACUCAGACUUCAGUGGGGUCUCUGGGCCUAGACAGCGGCAGACCACCAGUGAGGACAGCAGACCUGCAGAAAAGCCUGCAGACACCUCAAAAUCCUACACCGCAGAUCAAGUGGAUGCUGUGAGGAGGAUAAAACAGUGUAAAGACUUCUAUGAAAUUCUCGGGGUACAGAAAGAUGCCCCUGAAGACGAACUCAAAAGAUCAUAUAGAAAACUUGCACUGAAAUUCCAUCCGGACAAGAAUCAUGCCCCAGGUGCAACAGAGGCAUUUAAAGCUAUUGGUAAUGCGUACGCCGUCCUGAGUAAUGCCAACAAAAGAAGACAGUAUGAUCAGUGCGGAGAGGAGAAGAAGCAUCCUUCAACACAUGGACCAGACGAUGGCAGCUUUGAGCCCGAUAUCUCACCUGAAGACCUCUUUAAUAUGUUCUUUGGAGGAGGUUACCCAUCAAGCAAUGCCACUGCAUACACCAAUGGGAGGAUGCGUUAUCAAAGGCCAGAGAGAAGAGAGCGACAACGAGAUGGAGGCCUCGCUCUCUUCGUGCAGGUCAUGCCCAUCCUCAUCCUGGUUAUUGUGUCAGCUCUUAGUCAGAUAAUGGUGAACAGCCCCCCCUACAGCCUCAGCUACAGGCCGUCAGCAGGUUACACACAGAAGAGGCUGACUGAGACCCUGAAGGUGUCAUACUAUGUGGGGGAGUCCUUCCCCAAAGAGUUCACAGGAGUGAAUCUGAAGAAUAUAGAGCGGACGGUAGAGGAUGAUUAUAUUUCCAACCUUCGCAACAAUUGCUGGAAGGAGAAACAGCAAAAGGAAGGCAUGCUGUACAGAGCUCGAUAUUUUGGAGACACCGAUCUGUACCAAAGAGCACAAAGAGCUCGCACACCAAGCUGCGCCAAGCUGUCCGAAAUCUCAGCUUCAUUACAUGGUUGAGGCUGCUUUCAUGAUUAAAAAAGUUUCCAGAAUCACUACAAAUUUAUUAUUGGCUGUAAAUAGAUGAGCUUUAACAAUCUGAAGACGACUCAACAAGCAACACAAACAAACCAGCACCAACCUACAUGGAAAUAUGGGAAACUGAAAUGACCACAUCCAUAUUUGCUGUGGUGUUAGUAUGUGGAAUGAAUAAUAUAAUGUUAAUAUAUUGUUUAAAAAAUAGAAAAGCCAUUUCCGAUAGCUUGUCCUCUAGACAAGUUAUGGGUUUCAAUAACCUCCAAGCCCCAGUUUUGACUGGGAGCCAUGAAGCUGACAGAGCUCACUUCAUGGUUAUUGCACGAAUGCAGUAUGAAACCAGAAAAAUAGUAAGGAUAGAGAAUAGUUGAACGGAAGUCAUUUAUGUAGCAGUUGAUUAGAUAACACAGUGAACGCUUCCUCUUUUUUUAUGCAGUCAAAUCAGUAAGAGUUUUUGUCGUUUGACUUAAAUUGCACAUUCUAACCUUCUGAAACUAUGCAGAAAUAAUGUGAAUAUAAACUCACCUCUAGAGCUUGUCAGACACUUGAACACCUGAGAUUUGUCCUUUUUGCUGUGUGUGUGUAUGGAAAUAUUUAUGACAUGAUCCAUUUCACUUUGCCUCCUUUAACUCUAUCAAGCGUAGAAUCAUAAUACUGUAACUUGAUGGCUCCUCAUAACAAAUGCCAAGAGAGAGACGUGCCUACCCACAAAGUGGGACUUAAACAAGUUCUAGUUUAGGAGUGUAAUGUCUCUGAUAAAUGUUAUCUGUUGUGAAAAGCAAUUCUUUGUCACAGUUUUAUGUUAAUAGAAUGCUAUUUAUUGUUUAAUUAUUUGUAUUAUUUAUUGAAAAAUGCAUUAUCAGACUAGGAAAAUGGUACAGACCCUGCUCACUUUUUCCACCAUGUUUUUAC